AACUGUCCCCCAAAAUUCCCGGCCAUGCCGAAGCCAAAGGGGAAGGCGAAGAGACCCGUGCCGCCGCUGCCGCGGCGGUGGGCAGGUGCUCGCUGGCGACCCGUCGCGGUGGGCGGCGGCCUUGGGCUGGCCGCCGCGGCGUACGUGGGCGUGGACUACCUGCGGCACCUGUCCCCCGCAUGGCAUGGGCGGCUGCGGCCGGCGCUCUGGGCGGCGCUGGCGCUCGCCACCACCGCGCGCGCGCCGUUCUACCGCCGAUGGGACGCGGAGCUCCGCGCCGCCCCGCGGUUCCUCGCCGCUUUGGUGUUCAUGCUCGCGGCAUUACUCUGCGAGGCCAUCUCCGUGCGCUUCAUCAACACCGUGCUCGGCCUCCAAUGGCACCGAUCUACUGCUCCUCUUCCUGACACUGGCCAGUGGAUCCUUCUAGCUUUGAAUGAGAAGCUUCCUCAAACUGUGGUUGAUCUACUGAGAGCUCGCAUCAUCACUCUUCAUCAUUACUUGAUGUUGUUUAUCAUGUUGGGUUUUUCGGCAUUGUUUGACUGCAUCAAAGGUCCAGGACUCAGUAUAGGCUCAAGGUAUAUGUUCACGAUGGCGGUUGGGCGUUUGCUCCGGACCAUAACAUUUCUUGCUACGAUUCUUCCGUCUGCACGACCUUGGUGUGCUGAAGCUCGAUAUCGAAUACCUGACUACCCCCAUCCUUGGGCACAGAAAUAUUACGCUCCAUAUGCUUCUGAUAGGAUGAUGAUCUGGAGGGUCAUGAAACAGGACAUGCCAUAUGCUACUCUUCAAGAUUACCCUGAUGAGUAUAAACCUGAUUGGGGAUUGAUGAGCUUCUUAGUAGACAUUUUGAGACCAAACACUGGAGAGGGGCCUUCAUGGUAUCAUUUGCUGAAGAAAUCAAGUGGUGGUUGCAGUGAUCUUCUGUAUAGUGGACAUAUGCUUGUUGCUGUCCUAACUGCUAUGGCAUGGACGGAAGCAUAUGGGGGAUGGAGCUCUAUUGUGAUAUGGUUCCUCGUCGUCCAUAGUGCUCAAAGGGAGAUACGGGAGCGCCAUCAUUACAGCGUUGACUGCAUUGUAGCAAUCUACGUUGGGAUGCUCUUGUGGAGGAUGACUGGAUUCCUCUGGUCUGCAAGGGAGACCAAUCGAUCCAGAAGGAUUGCCAAGCUUGAUGAAGUUCAGAACAGACUAUUCCGUGCUGCAAAGGAUUCAGACAUCCUUGAAGUAAGGAGCCUACUAGGUGAAGUUGAGUUGGCUGGUCAAGAAAAGAAGGGCUUUUCACAGUGCAUCAUCUUCUCCUUCGCCGCAGCUAUGAUUGUUUUUACCCUCUUGUUUGUUCUCCUGGCAUUCACAUUAACCAAUGAUGGAUGAUUUCUUGAGGUCCCGCCAAUUCUGGUAUUCCCCGAUCCUUUUAGGAGGAGCUUAAUUUAGUCAGCUUAGUGAGUUGAAAGUUAUGGAUUUUCAGUUGAAAAAAGGUGAUAGGCUGUUUAGGGCAGCGGGGGAGGGCAUAUAGUGGUGCCAAGCCGAGGGGCCGACAGGGGCGGCAAUAAAUGUGAAGGAUUCUACCUACAAUAAUCUGAGUACCACUUCUUUUGACAGGGGCAGCCAGCUACAUGCAUAAAACGUAUUGUCAGCUGAAUGGUAUAGCUGAACUCCUUUCAACAGAGACAGCUACUUACUGCCAUUAGAAAUACUGGUGUGUAAUCUGAGCUGUAUAUGCAUAUGCAACUCUUCUUUUCAAAAGCA